AUGUACCAGGCAGUCCUUCGAUGUAUAACCAUUGUCGUGGGAACGAUCUCUAUGUCCACGUCACUUCCAGAAUGGUCCAAUCAGAGGUUUGUUUUUACUGUAUAUGACGUCAACCAGACUUGGAACGAGGCCAGAGAAAUUUGUCGCAACAACGGACAACUGUUAUUGUCGAUGGAAGAUAGAAAUGCGUGGUCCCUGUGGAAAUUACUCCUGAUUCCGACCGAAUCUUUGCCCCGAAGGCACCACGGACUACGAUACUGGAUGGAUGUCCACGCCAGGGACCCAAACAACAGAACUGAGCUUUACCAUGACAACUGUUCACGGGUGACAUAUCUGGAAUGGGAAGUCAAUAGGCCUGCCUAUGUCAUGGAUUAUCCCUGCGCUUUAUUUGAUGUCUACUGGGUACCUUUCAAAGCCAGUGUAUACAAGUACUGGAUAGGGCAACCAUGUCCAGAAAAGCAUUACUUCGUUUGCAUAAAAUUGAUGGACGAGCUUCCAUGCGUGCAGUCAUGCGACGAAUCCGUGUACAUGAGACCCCAGUCGGACGCAGAGUGCCAAGCGCUAUGCGGUAACCUCGGAAGCGGGUGUUCACACCGGUACCUGACAUUGGACGAUUUUACUGUGUGCCAUAUCAUAAAGUCUUCUGUUGUCAGCACAGACCCCUACUACAACAUCUGCUACUUCCCAGACUUGUACGCUGGUCUCACCUUCUGCAAUCCAAAAGGUUCUUACAAUUUAUCAUACACACCCAAUGACCAGGCAUUCGUCACGGAUUUAUGUGCAGAACCAGAUACAACUCAGCGAAUAACCACAACUAUUGAAGAAACUACAAAACAACAAACGACCCAACCCAAUUUAUGUGAAUGUCCAUGCUCGAUUGUAACAAACCUUACGGUGUCUGAUGUAACUCUGGUAGAGAAAAUAAACCGUCUAAAAAAGGAGUUGUCAGUAAACAAGAAAAACACCUCGGCACAUAGGCGAAGCAAAAUCAGUGUGGCGGAUCACAGAGUUUCCGCCACCAGUAUAGGGUCGAUGGGCGUGGUAAUUCUUAGUAUUGUUUUGGGCUCUAUUUGUCUAAUGGACCUCACUAGAGUCAAGUGUGACAAGAUAAACAAAAAAUGUUUCAAAAGGAAGACCAAGAGAAUUAGUGGCGGUAACGAGAAGAACGAUACCCCGGACAUCAUGCUUAAAAAACUAGCGAGUACACCAACACAAAGCGGAACGAAUCAGGUGAAACUGGCGAGUACACCAACACAAAGCGGAACGAACCAGGUGGAUUUGUAUCAGUAG